GGGGAUGCCAGAAGUCUUCUAGUCUCUGAGAAUGUGAGCACUGGCCAAAAGUUGGACGUUUCAGAUACAAUGGUACAGCAGAAGCUGGAUGAAGUAAAGGACCAAAUCAAGCGAGAAAUAAGGAAGGAACUGAAAAUCAAAGAAGGAGCUGAGAACCUCAGGAAAGUCACAACGGAUAAAAAAAACUUGGCAUAUGUGGACAACAUUUUGAAAAAAUCAAAUAAGAAGUUAGAAGAUUUGCAUCAUAAGUUGCAGGAGUUAAAUGCACACAUUGUUGUAACAGAUCCUGAGGAUGUUACAGAUUGUCCUAGGACUCCUGAUACUCCAAACAGCGAUCCUCGUUUUUCCACGAACAACAGACUGAUGGCCUUAAAAAAGCAACUGGAUAUAGAACUGAAGGUAAAACAAGGAGCAGAGAAUAUGAUACAGAUGUAUUCGAAUGGUUCUUCAAAGGAUCGAAAGCUUCUUGCCACAGCUCAACAGAUGCUCCAGGACAGCAAGACAAAAAUAGAAGUUAUAAGGAUGCAGAUUCUCCAGGCAGUCCAGACCAAUGAAUUGGCUUUUGAUAAUGCAAAACCUGUGAUAAGCCCUCUUGAACUCCGAAUGGAAGAAUUACGGCAUCAUUUUAGGAUAGAGUAUGCAGUAGCAGAAGGUGCAAAAAAUGUGAUGAAAUUACUUGGAUCUGGGAAAGUCACUGACAGAAAAGCACUUUCAGAAGCUCAAGCGAGAUUUAAUGAAUCAAGCCAGAAGUUGGACCUCUUGAAGUAUUCACUGGAACAAAGAUUGAAUGAACUUCCUAAAAACCAUCCCAAAAGCAGUAUUAUCAUAGAGGAGCUUUCGCUGGUCUCUUCACCCACUUUAAGUCCACGUCAAAGUGUAAUAUCUACUCAAAACCAAUACAGUACACUGUCCAAACCAGCAGCUUUAACAGGUACCCUGGAAGUCAGGCUAAUGGGUUGCCAAGAUAUUCUGGAAAAUGUCCCUGGUCGAUCGAAAGCCACAUCCAUUACAUUACCUGGGUGGAGUCCAAAUGAAGCCAGAUCAUCCUUCAUGAGCAGAACCAGUAAAAGUAAAAGUGGGAGCAGUCGAAACCUUCUGAAAACUGAUGACUUGUCCAAUGAAGUCUGUGCUGUGCUGAAGCUGGAUAACACUGUGGUUGGUCAAACUAGCUGGAAACCUAUUUCUAAUCAGUCAUGGGAUCAGAAAUUUACACUGGAACUAGACAGGUCACGUGAAUUAGAAAUUUCAGUUUAUUGGCGUGACUGGAGAUCUCUGUGUGCAGUGAAGUUUCUGAGGCUGGAGGACUUCCUGGAUAACCAGCGGCACGGCAUGUGCCUCUACCUUGAGCCGCAGGGCACACUGUUUGCAGAGGUCACAUUUUUUAAUCCAGUUAUUGAAAGAAGACCAAAACUUCAGAGACAGAAGAAAAUUUUUUCAAAGCAGCAAGGCAAAACGUUUCUCAGAGCUCCUCAAAUGAAUAUUAAUAUUGCCACUUGGGGAAGGCUGGUGAGAAGAGCUAUUCCGACAGUAAAUCACUCUGGCACCUUCAGCCCUCAAGCACCUGUAGCUGCUACAGUGCCCGUGGUUGAUGCGCAUCUUUCUGAACUAGCACUGCCAAGCAGUGAUUCUCCUGUAGCCAAAUUGGACUUUGAGCUUGAGCCUGAGCCUCCACCUGCUCCGCCCCGUGCAUCCUCCCUUGGGGAAAUAAGUGAGCCUUCCUCUGAGCUACAGGCUUCUGACACAUCAGCUCAGACUUCUGUUUCUUCACAGAAUGAAGUAACAGCUCUUGAUUUUGAGAAUGACAGAAAUAGUAUUGUCCCAAAACUACAGCCUGAAAUAAUCUGUGAGCCUGAUGCUUCACGUUCAGACAUAAAAUACACCAAUAUCCGAGAGUCUGAAGACAGGAGAACACAACAAAGAUUUCAAUUUAGCCUGAAGGAUUUCAGAUGUUGUGCUGUACUAGGCAGAGGACACUUCGGAAAGGUGCUCCUGGCAGAGUACAAAAACACAAAUGAGAUGUUUGCUAUUAAAGCCUUAAAGAAGGGAGAUAUUGUUGCUCGUGAUGAAGUAGACAGCUUGAUGUGUGAAAAGCGAAUCUUUGAAACUGUGAAUAGUGUAAGGCAUCCCUUCCUGGUGAACCUGUUUGCCUGUUUCCAAACUAAAGAUCACGUUUGCUUUGUAAUGGAAUAUGCUGCUGGGGGGGACCUGAUGAUGCACAUCCACACUGAUGUCUUCUCUGAACCGAGAGCAGUGUUCUAUGCUGCAUGUGUCGUUCUUGGACUUCAGUAUUUACAUGAACACAAAAUAGUGUAUAGAGAUUUGAAGUUGGAUAACUUACUGCUGGACACAGAAGGCUUUGUAAAAAUUGCUGACUUUGGUCUUUGCAAAGAAGGAAUGGGCUAUGGAGACAGAACGAGCACAUUUUGUGGCACACCAGAAUUUCUUGCUCCAGAGGUGCUGACGGAAACGUCCUACACGAGAGCAGUAGAUUGGUGGGGUCUUGGUGUACUUAUCUAUGAGAUGCUAGUGGGUGAGUCUCCCUUCCCUGGAGAUGAUGAAGAGGAAGUGUUUGACAGUAUUGUAAAUGAUGAAGUAAGAUAUCCACGAUUUUUGUCUACAGAAGCUAUCUCUAUAAUGAGAAGGCUCCUGCGAAGAAAUCCAGAGCGGCGUCUCGGGGCUGGGGAGAAAGAUGCAGAGGACGUGAAAAAGCACCACUUCUUCCGGCUGAUAGAUUGGAAUGCUUUACUGGCCAAGAAGGUGAAACCUCCUUUUGUACCCAUCAUUAGAGGAAGAGAAGAUGUUAGUAAUUUUGAUGAUGAAUUUACCUCUGAAGCACCCAUCCUCACUCCACCCCGGGAACCAAGGAUACUUUCGGAAGAAGAGCAGGAAAUGUUCAGAGAUUUUGAUUACAUUGCUGAUUGGUGUUAACUUCCAGACACUGUGAAAUCCGAGCUGACUGGCUCCCAGGAAUGCCUCUCAGAAGAAUAGCAACCCUUCAAUUGCUCUCUGUGCCACCUGUAGCUUCUGUUUUUAAAUCACAUGAAGAUCAUUUUAAAUACUGUUUUAACACUCUUGUGAAGAGUGGCCUCUUUGUAUAUUUUUUUUUUAUCUGAGCACUGGAAAGCAGUUCUAUGGAGUUCUUAAGCUGAGUUGGUGAAUCCAGGCCAUAUAAAGCUCCUGCACGUGGGCACACUUGGAUCUGUACUGUUUCUCUUACUCUUCUCUUACUCUUCUACAGCAGAUAACUUUUUUUUAAUACCUGCCUUAAGUGGGAAAAGCAGUUUUUGAGCUAGGUAAUCAUUUAACUCAGCCACAUUAAAAUAGAAUUUGGGGAUGCUGGUGACACCCACACAGACUAUGGUUCUAGCUGGAGAAGGCAAAUGAUGUAUCUGGAGAAGGCAACUGAUAUCUGAUAAAUACUAUCCUGUACGGUCUCUAAAACAAUCUUUCUGUAUACCUUCAUCUUGUGUUUUUAAAAUAAUGGUAAAUAAGAACAGCUGCCUUGUUUUGUAAAUUUUCUUUGGUAUUUAUUAGGGAAAAUGUUAAAGGCCUUGCUUUUGAGAUAACAGUGUAAGUGCUUCCAUUAAAAAGAAAAAAAAUCAAGAAAAAAAUCCAGGCAGUCUACCAAAGCCUCUUGCCAAACAGUUUGCCUUCAAGCAUUUUAAGCAUGGCUUAAGCAAGCCUGGCGUUGAGAUGAAGAAUGUAACAAAGCUGUCUGCUCAUUCUAGCCACAUGGAGCAAAGACCACGCGUUCCCGAGCCCCUCCUCCUCUGUGCUCUUGAACUUCAUGCGUUUUCCACGCGGCACGGACAGAGAAGUUAACCGUUCUGUAUUUAACCACCUUGGUCAUCCUGUAUCUGCUGUACAAUAUCAUAUCAUUUUUAGAAAACAUAUGGAUUUUCAAUGUAUACAUGCUGUGAACAUGUAUAUUUGGAAGUUGUAAUGUAUUCCUAUGUCCAGGCAAGUAAUUUAACUAUACCACUUCAUUACCUUUGCACGGUGGUCGUGUGAACAGCACCGAACUGAGGAACAGGAUCUGUACACGGUUUAGGCCACUGAAUUCCAGAACUUAGAUUGGCAGUUACUGAGGGUGUAAAAGCAAUAUGUGUAACAGAAUGUAUAAAUAUUUUUGAUAAAACAGUGUAUAUUUUAUAAACCUCUUAACACUAAGAGCUGUACCUCAAAAGUCAAAAAUUAAUUUAGACCAGACACUGUGUACUUGUAAACCAUGACCUGUUUUUGGCACCUGGUGUUCUGGGGGCAAGCACCAAUUCUCGGACAAUAAAUUUCCAAUGUUUUCUGGAGCUCUAGCAACGUUUGGAGCUGAUUGUAUAUUUCAUCUCACAGGUUCAGCCUAGCUAAGAGGGUCUGUUCAUGGGCUAAGUGUGAAACCCGUCACUCUAAAAUGAAUUCAAAACUUUUCAUUGAAAGAAACAAAUCCAUUAAAGCCAAGGGGGUAACACGAGGGUGUUCACUUAAACGGGGGAGUUUGGGCAGAGCCGCAGCCUCUGAGGGAGAAAAUGAGUUAAUGGCAUCAAAUGAUUAUCACGGUGCUUAGAGGCAGAGCGCGCUACAGCACGAGGGGGGCAAGAUGCCAAGGAGCACAAAAUCAUGUUGCAGUUCCUAGCUGAAACGAACCGUGGAGCUACUUUUGAGGUACAGGUGUCUUACCCUUUUUGGUUCCCAGAUCGAUGUAUGAACAUCUACCAGGGUGCUGCUUAGCAUUUAUGAAAACACCCUGAAAAGUAUCUUUUUGUAACUACAUCUUGUACAGAACUUUUUUUUUAAUCUAAGUAAAUCACUUAAAAAUUAGAGGGCAGGGUUUGUUCACCCAGUUAAGCUGAAAUAAAGCACUAAUUUUAUCUCUGUAGUUUUUAAAAUAUUUUUAGGCAGAUUAAGAUUUUACCCUAGAUUGUAAAUAUAUUUUGCUAUACUUUAUCUGUAUGUGGCUGCUCAAGCACUUUG